GGCUGAGCCGCCCCUUCAUCCCGCCCGCGGCAGGAGGGGUUGGUUGAGCCGCUGUUUGUGCGCUCCGGGGCCGCGACGGGAGGGCCGGGCCGGGCGCCGAGGAGAAGCGAGUGGACCCUGCCCGCACGGACACCCCCACGGCAUUCCCAGCUAACCGGGGGCCAUGAGCAGCCGAGGAGCCGCCAGGCCGAACGGGCAGUCCCAAGCCAGUAAGAUCUGUCAGUUCAAACUGGUGUUACUGGGCGAGUCGGCCGUGGGCAAAUCCAGCCUGGUGCUGCGCUUCGUCAAGGGCCAGUUCCACGAGUACCAGGAGAGCACCAUCGGAGCGGCAUUCCUCACACAAUCCGUCUGCCUGGAUGACACAACGGUCAAGUUUGAGAUCUGGGAUACAGCCGGGCAGGAGCGGUACCACAGCCUGGCCCCCAUGUACUACCGGGGGGCCCAGGCUGCCAUCGUGGUCUAUGAUAUCACCAACCAGGAAACCUUUGCAAGGGCGAAGACAUGGGUGAAGGAGCUGCAGCGCCAGGCGAGCCCCAGCAUCGUCAUCGCCCUGGCGGGCAACAAGGCCGACCUGGCCAGCAAGCGCAUGGUGGAGUAUGAGGAGGCUCAGGCUUACGCAGAUGACAACAGCCUCUUGUUCAUGGAGACGUCGGCCAAGACGGCGAUGAACGUCAACGACCUCUUCCUGGCCAUCGCCAAGAAGCUGCCAAAGAGCGACCCGCAGAGCACGAGCGGGGCGGGCGGCCGCGGCCGCGGCGUGGACCUGCACGAGCAGAGCCAGCAGCACAGGAGCCAGUGUUGUAGCAACUAAUCCGGAGCCGAGACCCCCCCCUUCUCCAUCCACGCACCCCCCCGAGGCCCCGCCGUGCCCCUCACCGCACUUUGUACCGCUUCCACCGCCGCCGAGCCCGGGAGCUCCGUCGGCUGCGGAUUGGACUUGGAAUGGGAAUCCAGACUCUUCCUCACUUUGUAUUAUAGGUGCCCGCAGCGAGCCGAGCUCCCGCCGUCUUCCUCCCUCCCGCUGAGCCGGGGCUCGCAUCCAUGUCUUGACCUCGGAGCUUCCCAACCGCGGGAAUGUGGGAGUUUUCCGGAGUUUUCCACGGGGUCUUUCACGGAUUUCUGUUGGAUUUUCCUUAUUUUUAUUAUUUCCUCCCCCCUUUUUUUUUUCCUCUUUCUCCUCUUUGGCUCUAUGGGAGGGGGGGAAGCUGCAGCGCCCUCACUUCCUCCUAUGGGUGGCCUUGAUUCCCGGCUCUGGCCGGAGGAUGGGAAUGCUGCGGUGAUGGGUCCAUGAGGAGCCCCCCCCCCGGCUCUCCCCACGGUUCCUCCCCGGCCAGUGCCGGCGUCUCCGGUUUGCACUUUAGUCACGGAAACGUCCCGUUAAGAAGCACCUUGAUGGGGUUUGGGUUCACUUUUGGGGUCCCCCCACUUAGAGCCCCCAGGGUUUGGCUUCUCCUGGAGUAUUCCCGGCUGGAGGAAUCCUCCGGAGCAUCGGGAUGUUCCCAAGUCCCAGCAGCCAAAAGGGCCCCGUUGAGCCCAUUGGGACACCCCGAUGGGGGACACCCCAAUGGGGAACGCCCCAGGGGCCAGGUCCUGCUCUCCCCAUGGGCUCAGGCUGGGCACAGCUUGGGGGUCCCCCCCAGCCAUGGCUAUGGGGCAGAGGGACCCGUCUCGUAUGAAGCCCCCUAUUGCAGGGGCAGAUCCCGCCCGUUCCCCAGCCCCUCACAUUGGGGCUUGGGGUUGAACUGGGGCUGGGGUCCCUGUUUCUGCCCCCCUAUUUCUCCCCCCUAUAUCCUGUUUUGGGGCCACGCUGCAGCUUCCCCCCCCCCCACACCUCCCCUCCAUUCUCUUUCCUGGUCAUUCUUAUUAUAAUUAUAAUUAUUUUGGCUUUGA